CGUGAUCACCAGCGCGAAAGUCAGUCCUUCCGCAAACUGUCCACGUCUACUAUACUACUGAUCAAAAUCCGUGACUGGUUUUGAUUUUCCUCUGCAGCAUGAGAUGGGGCAGACGUUACCCUUGUACAUUUGCCUUCGCCCUCUUGAUUACUCUAAAUAACGGAGUCCACGCGCGGCAAAACACCAACACCAGUCUUCACCAAGAGACUGCUUGGACCUCUGAGCGCAAGAGGUCAUUCAGGGCAACCACAAAAGACCUAUGGUACCAUGGUUUUAACCAUUAUAUGUCCCACGCUUUUCCGCUCGACGAGCUGUCUCCGUUAUCUUGCACCGGCAGAGGUCCAGAUUGGGAAAAUCCCGCAAAUAUAGCACAUAAUGAUGUUUCAGGAAACUACUCCCUGACUCUUAUUGAUGUUCUAGACACGCUGGUUGUGCUAGACGAUCCUCCGGGGUUUCAGAACGCAGUUCGCAAUGUCCUUGACUGGGUGUCAUUCGAUGUCAACACAAAACCGCAAGUAUUUGAGACUACUAUACGGGUGUUGGGCGGACUGUUAUCUGGCCAUAUAUUUGCGAGUCAACCUGAACAACCUUUUUAUCUCCCUUGGUAUCGCGGCCAGCUUCUAACGAUGGCGUAUGAUCUUGGGAAUCGACUACUACCUGCAUUUGCCACCCCUACUGGCCUUCCUUUUGCUAGGGUCAACUUACGACACGGGGUUCGGCGGGGAGAAUCCCUUGAAACUUGCACCGCUGGCGCCGGUUCCUUGAUACUGGAAUUCGCUACCCUUAGUCGUCUCACUGGAGAUGACCGCUUUGAGAAGGCGGCAUAUAAGGCGUUCUUCGCACUAUGGAACAGGAGAUCUGAUAUUGGUUUGGUUGGCAAUACAAUUAAUAUAUGGACUGGAGUGUGGACACCACCAGAAGUAACAGGAAUCGGCGCAGGCAUUGAUUCUUUCUAUGAAUAUGCCUUGAAGUGGUACGUCAUGAGUGGUGAGGUAGAGUUUCUUGACGUGUGGCAUGAAAGUUACGCCGCUGUGAUGAGAUACGCCCGUUCUCCGGACGGCCAUAUGUUUCGCAGUGUCCACAUACAUACGGGUGAUCAAGCGUAUACCACAAUUGAUUCUCUGUCCGCUUUCUGGCCUGGUCUGCAAGUGCUGGGUGGUGAUGUACAAAAUGCCAUCAAAUCUCAUAUGACAUACUGGAACAUCUGGAGACGACAUUCUGGUCUUCCUGAAGUUUGGGACGCUCAGUUUAUGCAGGCGACGUCGUUCCAGUACCCUCUUCGACCAGAGUUCGUCGAAUCAACGUGGUACCUAUAUAGGGCCACUCGAGACCCAUAUUAUCUAGAUGUCGGUGAACGUAUUUUGAAAGAUCUAAUUAUCCGUGCCAAGGUGGAUUGCGGAUUGACUGGUAUCCAAGAUUUACGGACCAAUGCCAGAGAUGACAGAAUGGAAUCGUUUGCAUUGUCAGAAACACUGAAGUAUUUGUUCCUUUUGUUCGACGAGGACAACCCCCUACACAAAGAUGAUUCACACUACGUUUUCACCACCGAAGGACACAUUCUAUCACUUCCGAAGGAAGUUCUAAAGCCCAUGUCUCGUGUUCGACGAAACAUGCGUGGCGAAGAGAACCACCAGUGUCCUUCGUAUGAACCUGUACAAGACUUCACGCCUGAUGGGACCAUCAGUGGCCUCAUCCGAGGUAUCGGUUCGAGAGCGGACGUGGAGUAUGCGAGAUACCUGGUCGGAUUACGAUCGCAGCCUCUGGAUGAGCACCACUGGUCUCCUGACGGCUGGUGCACAGUCCCUGAAGUUGAUUUAUAUUCUUUCGAUUUCAUUAUGUCGCCCGGUGGCAAGCAGGUUCCCGAGGACCCUAACCCUGGGCCCCUCAAACUCAAGGCAGUGGCAGAUGGGUUUAUUCUUCAUAAUGUGACGGGCAUCCGGGCCCACAUCGUAAGUCGAUUAGAUCGUAAAGGUUACGAUAUCACGAAGCUUGGGCCGCACGCUGUACGCACUGGACAAAUGGUGUAUGUCAACGACUCUGCACUGUGGGAGCCCCUUCGAGAUCCUCGCCCUACUUAUCGUAGCCAGGACGUUCAACUUCGUAUUUUUCUUGACACGUUUGACCCGGCACUCGUAGCGCAACCAGGGGCUUCCAGCUUUAACGGAGAGACGUACGUCAAGGCGCAUACUGCCCAGUUUGGUGGAGACUUGGCUGCACUUGAUGGCUCUGACCCCCUUCGCUUCGGCUAUUGGGAAGGCACGGAGGUGCAGCGGGACAAAAGCAACCUCCUCGGGUGCAAACCGUAUGAAACCGAAUUCAAUGGAAACGCUGUCCUCGUCCAUCGUGGUGACUGCACGUUCCUGGAGAAGCUGGUCUAUGCGCGGGAUGCAGGCGCUUCAGGAGUCAUUGUUGUCAGUGAUGAGGAUACUCCUAUCAAUCCUUCCGCUUCACCCGCAGAAAUCGCUGCUGCGGGCGACAUCAGCGACGUCGCUUUGGUGCUGUUGUCGCAUACCGUUGGCAAAUCUAUCACUGCCAUGGUAGACGCUGCUGGGAUGUUUGGCUACGGACAUGUCAUGUUUGCUGUUGAUUCCGAGGCGCAAGCAUGGACAGAGGGAUUAAUAGAUCCGACACCAGGAGAAACUGGGCAAAUCCUGUACAUCAACGGACACCCUUUACUAAAUACUAGACUAAUGUUAUAAAGUAAUAUUUGAGCUCCAGUCGAGACUUUUGCGGCCUUCUAUAGGUCUGGCUGGG